UCGAAGUGUACGUACUCGAAUUUGGUGAAAACGCAGUGGGAACGACGCGAAUUUACCGAAGCGGCAGGCAAUGCUUGGUUGUACGCCGUGAGUUGUGCUAAUUAACAUUUUUUGUUUAUAAACAAAAAGAAAAACGCCGGGACGCCAAAAAUACGCUAAACACGCCCAUUUGACGGUGAAAAAUAGAAUAGAUUUACACAGUGAAAAAAUGCAGCAAUGGGCGGCAGUAGGAGUUACAGUGUAAGCAGCAAUGGCAGUACGAGCAGUGGUGGCAGCACUAGCGGAAAUUACAGUGAAUACAGCGCUGCAGGCGGCAGUGAAAAGCUAUGUAGAGUGAUGGCAAUAGUAGCACCAAAGUUGGUAUACAGCAGAGCUGGCAAUCAGCGAUUACCGGUAGCAGGCGGUGGAGGAGGAGUGGCGUCGCAACAGCCGCCGCCGCCGCAGCCACAUCAACGGGUGCGGCCACGUCGCAUAAUGUGCCGCUGUUGCCUGUCGGAGCAGCAGCAGCCCACCACGCGCCAGUCACCGCCGGACUCAUGCUCCGAUGAGGAGACUCCCCUUUUGGAGUUUGUGCCACUGGACACCUUGGCCAUGGUGGAUUUGCGCGAUGAUAAGUUUACAACUUCAACGACAGCCGGCAAUGAUUCAUACAAGGCUACCAGAACGCUAUCGACCAAAGGCAACAAACUCAAUGGCACGCCAACAAAAAUGAUGGCCAACAGCUGUGGUGGUAGCGUCGACAGUGGCAGCACCACCACCCUGCUCGAUUGUUUGAACGCGUGUGCGCGCAUUGGCGCUUCGCUUGCGGACAUUGAACUACCCCAACACAUCUGUCUCGACUGCUGUCAUACACUGGAGAUGUGCAGCGAGUUCAUACGUUGCGUACGGAAUGCGGACAAAAUUCUACGCAGACGUUGUGCGCUGCCGACAAAGCGCGCACGACAACAACACCAGCUUCUGCAACAGCUGCCGCAGCAACGACAAGCAGCAGGAAUGCCGGUUGUGGGCAGCGUUGAUUUGUAUGGCGAGGAGGGACCAGCAGCGAAGCGUAGGCGGCGCCGUGAAGAGAAAGUGCAGCAGUUGAGUGCCGGUCGUGCCAGUGGCAGCGCAAGAGGCCUCGGCUACAACACGCCCAAGUCAAUAUCCUUGCCGAAGUCAGUGUCGGCGACGGCGACGGCGGCAGCGACAGCGGCAGCGACAGCGGCAGCGACGGCGACGACAGCGUCAGCGGAGAGGG